ACAGGAAAAGAGCAUUUUAAUUGAUUGGACGCAGAGGAGGCAGAGGAUCACGUAUCCGAAGAAGAGGUAGAAGGCCGCCUCCAACUUACACGCGCGGCCGCUACUCCACGCAGGAACUCAUCGUUAGGCAGAAUCACACAUACAUUUAUAAAACAUGCCGCAACAUGACUACAUGGAACAGCACCGGAAAAAGCAUGGGGAAAGGCUUGAUCGGGAAGAGAGAUUACGCAAAAAGGAGGCGCGAGAGGUCCAUCGUCGUUCGAAAUUUGCCCAGAAAGUACACGGCUUAAGGGCAAAACUGUACAAUGCCAAGCGCUACAAAGAGAAAGCCCAGAUGCGUAAAACCCUGGCCAUGCAUCAGGAGAAGACCAAUAAACGUGCCAAUCAGGAGGGCGCGCCGGAAGGGGCUGUACCUGCCUAUUUGAUCGACCGAGAAGGGGUUUCACGUGCGAAGGUCCUCUCUAACUCGGUCAAGCAAAAGCGGGCGGAGAAGGCAGGAAAAUGGAGUGUUCCUUUGCCCAAGGUCAAACCCGUUGCGGACGAUGAAAUGUUCAAGGUCAUGCAGUCGGGGAAACGCAAAGGUAGGAAGCUUAUCACCACAUGCUUUGCUUUUCCGCCUUUCUACUCUGCCCCUUUUUACCCUUUUUACCCUCCUCUGUUGGUCGAAAAUGUCUCUGAGAGGAACCACUUCGCGCACCCUGCUCCCUCCCGCCCCCUGGCCUUCCUGGAACCCCGUCGUGGAUACACGCGUACAAUCUUCUCACCACGUCUCGCCCGUUUCACAGCGAAAUCUUGGAAGCGGAUGGUAACCAAGGUCACCUUUGUGGGCGAGAACUUCACGCGGAAGGCGCCCAAAUUCGAGCGCUUCAUUCGGCCCACAGGGCUACGCUUCAAAAAGGCGCACGUCACGCACCCCGACUUGCAGGCGACAUUCUGCUUGGACAUUCUGGGCGUCAAGAAGAAUCCGUCGUCGCCCAUGUACACGACCCUGGGGGUUAUAACCAAGGGCACCGUCAUCGAGGUUAAUGUGUCGGAGUUGGGCCUUGUUACCACGAGCGGAAAGGUUGUGUGGGGAAAAUACGCGCAGGUAACCAACAACCCCGAACUGGACGGAUGCAUCAAUGCGGUUCUCCUGGUCUAGUCGGUUUCGGGCCGGGGAAUAAGGGUGUAUGCAGGGGGAAAGCUUGGAGGAAACCGUGGACAGGAUGAUUACGAAUAGGACGAACAGAUGAGGGUGGUACUGUUGAUGAGAGCUGAGCCCGUGUGUGCGGACGUAGGGGGAAGGAACUAUUGUGGGGGAUCGGCGCCGGGUGGACGUUCGAGAGGGCCUCAAGAAUUGUAAAUUGACAUGCAGUAUGUGUACGAGCGAAGGGACCGAAAAGAAGAAGACGUAUUGAGGAUCGACACA